CAGGCAGGGCUGCUGGGCGGCGAACGCCGGCGCAGCGGGCACGGGCCGGCACUGGCGCAAGCAGGCUGCGCGCUGCCGCCGCGAUGCUGGGACUGCUGGUGGUGUUGCUGGCCCUGGCGCUCGCCUUCUUCGCCCUGCUAGAUGGCUGGUACCUGGUGCGCGUGCCGUGGGCCGUGCUGCGCGCGCGCCUGCUGCAGCCGCGGGUCCGGGACCUGCUGGCGGAGCAGCGCUUCCCGGGCCGCGUGCUACCCUCGGACUUGGACCUGAUGCUGCACAUGAACAAUGCGCGCUACCUGCGCGAGGCCGACGUGGCGCGCGCCGCGCACCUGACCCGCUGCGGUGUGCUUGGGGCGCUGCGAGAGUUGGGUGCAUACUCGGUGCUGGCCGCCUCCUGCGCGCGCUACCGCCGCUCUCUGCGCCUGCUGGAGCCCUUUGAGGUGCGCACCCGACUGCUGGGCUGGGACGACCGCGCCUUCUACCUGGAGGCCUGCUUUAUCAGCCUGCGCGACGAGGACUUCGUGUGCGCGCAGCUGCGCUUCAGGCAGCACAUCGUGGGCACUUCGCCCGAGCGUGUAGUGCAACACCUUUGCAAACGCAUGGUGGAGCCGCCUGAGCUGCCAGAAGAUCUGCAGCACUGGGUCACCUACAACAAGGCCAGCAGCCGGCUGCUCUGUGCAGAGAGUGGGCUCAGCAGUGCCGGCAAGGACCAGUGACCGCUGCUCCUGCAUCCAGCCCACCCUGCCUGUGAAAUGAGCAGGCCCAGCUGGGCUCUCUGGGAGCUAGAGUGGCCCCUACCCAGCCCCCUUCAUCCACUGGCCUCCCCAGUUAUUGACACCCCUCUGUGCUGGGCAGGGGAUGGGGGAGUAUCAGUACCCUCACCCAGGGUGGGGACGGAGGUGCAGGAGGCCCAGCCCAGCCUUGCAGUGAGGCCGUGCUUCUGUUUCCUAGGUGGAGAGGACAGGCCAAGAGCACAGUGGCCUGAGUACAUCCCUGUCAGCUGCUGGGAGAGGCAGGGCCAGGCCAGCGCAGCACUCACCAGCUUAUUCCCUCUGGUGUCCUUUGAGGUGGGGCAGGCGCAGGGUGGAGUCUGGGUGGUCAGAUGCCUGGCUAGAGGCAGACCAAAGGCAGGAAUGAGGAUCGGCUGGCAUGUGCCAGCAGCAUUCAGCCUUACUUGAGCUCCCCUGGUGUGGUAGCCUCUGCUAGUCUUUCCAGGUGGCUGGGCAGGUGGCUGAGAGUCGUCAUUUGGCACAGGGCUCCCUGCUGGGGUGUCCUGGUCAGAGUGGGAACAGCAGGGGCUGAACUCCGGUGGGUGCCUAUUACGGCUGUGCUCUAUAACCUUGGGCUGGGCCCUUCCCUCUGGACUAUAGCAUCUUAGGCAUCUGUCUUCUCAUGAGAGCUGUCCCUGCUCUGAGAGUUGUUUCCCUAGAAGGCUGGUGGGGUAUCUUUUUGGCCCUUCUACCUUCUGUUUUAUAGGCCUCUUGUCAGUUGCUGGGCCAGCAGCGAGUGGCCUGUCGUGGCAGCUGAUGGGGACACCAGGCUGCCGGGAUGCUGGCCAGGGCUGCCUGCUCCUGCCUAAUGCUGGCCUUAACAGCUGGGACAACUGAGGACAAAGUGAGGGCUAGUCACUAGCCAGAGGCUCUGGCCAAUGCCCUCAGGUCCCAGAGAGGGGGUGCUGAGGCCCAGGACCCUGUGUGUGGGGAUCACUGCUUGCCCACUCAGGCCACCCACACUGUGCCACUCACACUGGCCCCCACCAGCCCAGGGCAAGAGAGCAGCUGGACCCAGAACUGCCUUGCUGCCCCCUCAGGAGCCCUGCUUAAGCCAGAGCCAGGAGUUGCAGGGAUGCCCCUGACAUCCCCUUGGCACCACCCCGCUCCCCGGCUGUUCUUGCCUUAAAGCCACUUGGGAAU